GUUCGGCUCUUAACGUGGCUGCUAAACAAAACUCGUAAGCAGUUCACCUAAAAGGCUGCAUGUCUCUCGUUGGCUGUGCGCUCCGAGGCGUCACCGCCACCAUCCAGCAGCAGAGUUUCAUGCAUGCGUCCUCCCCCGGUCUCCUCCCAUUGAAGAAACAGCUGUAGACUUUGAACCGUGGAGUGCGGGUCUGACACGGAUUACCUGGAUACCGGUUUGAACUCUGGGUGGGCAUCAACCAGCGAGAAAAAGAAAAGGCAGCUCUUAUUUGAGUAUUUUUACUGAAUUAAGUUUCGUUUCUUUUUAUGGAAUCAUUUCCUAGAACACCAACCAUGGCGAGCCGGCUUUUUCACACUCUGCAUUUAUUACUGAUUCUGGAGUCGAGCUGGGGUAAAGUCGUGUCUGAGGAUCUUGGUGAAGCCGUGCGUCAAGGUGCCGAUGGCCCACCGGCAGUGGAGCAGCGCGUCUUUGCGCACGAAAGCGCAAACCGGGACAUGGUUUCCAUCAACAUGUUCAAAGUGUAUGAGAAGUACAGCAAAGAGCCGCAGAGCCAGAAGGACGGAAACACCGUGAGAAGUUUUAAAGCUGUCCCGAGAGUCUUGCACGGUAAAGACGUGCUCCAGUUCAACCUGUCCUCCAUCCAGGAAUCAGAGCUCAUCCUCUUCGCCUCUUUUCACUUCCUCUACAAGCGGCCCCGCCACCACCAGCGACCGUGGCGUUUCCGAAGGCCCCGCCACCCAUCCGGCGGCUUCCAGCAUCCCGAUCCUCCUUCCCCGCAGCUCCUCUUCCGUGGAUCAUCCCCAAACUCAUCUUUUGCAACACCGCUGGGAAACAUAACUCUGGCUCCUUUCAAGAAAGGCUCUUGGCAAACAAGGGAUGUAACGGCGGUGGUGAAUCAUGCCAGGGUUGUCAAAGAGCUUGUGGUCAUGGUGGAGUUUGAUAUGGGGUUCAGGGCGGCUCGGCAGCAGAGGAGUCCUCACGGCCAAGAGCGCCUCUCUCCAGCCAACCUGCCAUAUAUCUUGGUAUACGCUGAUGAUCAAGCUAUAGAUGAGCCAAACAGUGUGGCCAUGUCACUCCAGCGGUACGGGUCCUUCCCUGUAGGAGAGGAUGUGUCCCCCUCAGCUUCAUCCUCAGCCCCAAGGAUCCGGAGGGAGCUUCAUCUCCAGAUCCAAACCAACGACAUCCCAGAGGUCCAGUACAACUCCUUGAAGAAUCAUGAACUGUGGCAGAACACGUAUUUCCCAGCAAAAUCCAAAGCAGCAGUGAAACCGGGAAGAAAGCAGGGUCAGGAGAGCAGCGAGGGCCUGAGUAAGCCCCAGGUGCUGAGCUUCGAUGAGAGGACGAUGAAAAAGGCCAGGAGGAGACAGUGGAGCGAGCCCAGGGUUUGCUCCAGGCGUUACCUCAGGGUGGACUUCGCUGACAUCGGCUGGAGCGAGUGGGUUUUGGCGCCAAAGUCGUUUGAUGCCUUCUACUGCGCCGGGACCUGUGGAUUCCCCAUCCCUAAAGUGGUGCGUCCCUCCAAUCACGCCACCAUCCAGAGCAUCGUCAGAGCUGUGGGAAUCGUCCCUGGUGUCCCUGAACCGUGCUGCGUUCCAGAGAAGAUGAGUCCCCUCAGCGUUCUUUUCCUGGAUCCAAACAGGAAUAUGGUGCUAAAGGUUUACCCCGGCAUGUCUGUGGAUACUUGUGCCUGUCGAUAGGGCCGGAGCGAUCAGCGACGAUAAAAGAUUGUGAGGAGGACGUACCUGUAGACUCAGCAUAUAUCAGGAGGGCAUUUCCAUAUCGAAGAGGACAGUAGUGAUGAGGACAGCUGAGGAUAUACUGAACGACUGGCAGGGCUCUAGUUCUUGAGUCUCAGUUUGAGAACUCUUUUCUAAAUCACGGACUGUUCUCUGUCAUGAUCGGACGUUGACUAAACUUUUUCCUGCUUUUCUAACAAUUUUCGCAGAUGUUUUUUUUUCCCACCCAGGCCACCUUUGUUUAUUUUUCUCCCCUCAUCCAAAAGCAGUUUUAAGAAGUGCUCUUAAUACAAACCUGUGUAUGUAAUGGUCCUAAAUGUUCUAUCUAUGUUCCCGGCUGGACGUUGAAGUUAAGCACAAAACUCCUGCAGGUAGAUCUUCAUCUUUGUUCCUUCAUAAACUUUUUCAGUCCUUUUUCAGCACAUUUUCACUUUUAUAAAGUGAUUUUGCCUGUUUCAGUGUUAGACAAGAUAAGACUUGACUUUCUCUGGUCUCAGCCCAGACUCGGACCUGGUUUUGGAAUUGGUUCCAACUUGACUAAGUUUGGGUUUCAACAGACAUCAGUAUCCUCUACUGCUUGCCCCUGUCUUCUGGAUUCAACUGAAUUUUGGACACACUGAUGAACUGCACAUUGACUCACAGACUCAGAAUGAUCUGAGGGACACAAAGGCUGCAUGGCAGCAUAUUUACAUCCUGCCCAAAUUAAUCAACCCUUGUCAUGUAAAUACUGUAGUUACUAAUGCAAACUAAAUGGUGCUUGUUCUUAAGUGAUGUGUCACACAGAGUGACACAUUGUUGUCAUUGAACACCUCCCAUAUAUUAGCAAGAAAUGUUAGUCAUGCAUGAGAGGUAAUAUCUUAUUUGAACUAUAUUUCAAUAGUCAUUUGUUUAUAUCUUGUAUAUAAUGACUGUAUUUUGACACCUACUGAGAUUUAAUACGAGCAUUAUGAGUGUAGCUUGUUUCCGCUACGUUACAGCACAGACGAAAAGCAGUGCGUUGCUGCCACCUGCUGUGCAUUUUGAGAAAGUUUAAGGGACUAAAACAUUUUGAAGGAGAACGUUCUAGUACUUCCUGUGGAUAUUCAGUAUUUCCCUUUAAUGCAUAAAUACUGUUAAUCAAAGAUGACAUGUACAGUUUGUAAUAAUAAUAGAUUUCCAUAGUAGGUAAAAAGGGAUAAAUGUAUCCAACCUUAUAACUGUAUUGCUAAAAGUGUAUUUGAAUAGUUAUGUGAUGUGUGUUUUAACAAAUCAUAGACAUAAUGUAUGCCUGGUAAGGAAAUAAACUGUUGUACAUACGGUCAAAGAUACUUGGUGACUUUCCUAGGUUUUAUAAAAAGUAUAUAAAGCAUAUACCAAGACAUAUACCACACCAUAACUUACUGUGUGUAAAUACAAUACAUUUACAGUACAUUAAAUAAAUAACAUUACAUCAGAUUGCAUAUAUUUUAUUUAAAGUUAGGCUGAUAUCUUGGUUUGAUACAUAAUGCUAAUCUUGAAAAUAACAAGUACUGGCCAGUCAAAUGUGUUAAGUAGCAUUGUAAUGUUUCUUUCUUCUCUGAACAAAGCUACAGUUAAGAAGUCUGGAAAACCUGUAGUGAGAUUUGAUUCUAUUAAAUUUGUUCAGUAAUAUGUCCAUUUUUGUUCAUCACAUGAAGGCAGUAGUGUAACGUGAAUGUCCAGUUUUUCUACCCACAUUGAAUGAGUUACGACGAUGAUGAGUCCACCUUAAAGCUGCACUAGUCAAUGUUUUUAUGUCAACAAAUGGAUCAGGUGACUAUGUGAAAAGUGAAAUGAGUCUCUCAAGGUGACAAACCCACAGAGAAUUAUCGGUUGUACUUUAUUAUUGUAAAAUGGUGUCUAAUUGUGUAUUGGGAUCUUCUAUUUGGUUUCUAAUUAGAGUAUAAUUUGGUAUAAUAGUGUCUAAGUAUAUUAUAUUUUGGGUCUAAUACGGCAUUAUAUGCGGUUUCUAAUUACAGCAUAAUUUAGGUGUAUGGUGUCUAAUUAGGGUAUAACUGUGUUUGUUUACUGUCCAAUAAAGAACAUAUCAUUUCUAGUUUCGGUCUAAUUUGACACAAAGUACGUCUUAGUACGUCUUAUUAGUGUACCGUAAAAUAAAGUGUGACUGAAUUAUCA